GCCGGCGCGCACGGGGCCCUCUGCUCCGUCCCAGCAGUGCCUGCAGCCCUGCUCCUCCUCCUCCCUCUCCUCCUACUUCUACUCCUCCUCCUCCUCCUCCCUGCCACCGUCGCCGCCGCCCCAGGACUCAGCCGAGCCUCCCCUGAAGCCGCCGCCGUUCCCGCCGCCGCCGCUCUCAGGAUGGUGAUCCGCGUGUACAUCGCGUCCUCCUCCGGCUCCACCGCGAUUAAGAAGAAACAGCAAGAUGUUUUGGGCUUCUUGGAAGCAAACAAGAUAGGAUUUGAAGAGAAAGAUAUUGCAGCCAAUGAAGAGAAUCGGAAAUGGAUGCGUGAAAAUGUACCUGAAGAAAGUCGUCCAGCCACGGGGAACCCACUUCCCCCUCAGAUCUUCAAUGAGAGCCAGUACCGCGGGGACUAUGAUGCCUUCUUCGAAGCCAGAGAAAAUAAUGCAGUGUAUGCCUUUUUGGGCUUGACAGCCCCACCUGGGUCAAAGGAAGCCCAAGCACUGGCAAAGCAGCAAGCGUGAACCCUUCUGCCUUCUGGCCUCAUGCCUCCUGUCAAGGGAUUCGCCAUCGCAGUCGCUUUUCUAAAAUAGCAAAAUUAUCUUGGCUUCCAGAAAACAAUAGGCUUCAUGUCUACAGCAUCAAUUUGUUACUUGGUGUGCUCAGCGUCCAAACAAUAGCCAAUGGAAUACAUAAUUAAAAUGUGAAUGUUAUAUGGCUAGAGCUUAUGGGAGAUGAUUAUUGUAAAAUUACAAGGAGAUGUGAUGGAGUGGUAUUGUGAUCUGGCUGGGCAUCCGUGCCCCCCUCCUUUUGUAAUCGUCAUGCAAAAACCCUCUUUUUUAUAUUAUUAUUUUUAUUGUUACUGCAGCUUAAAUAGCUCUAGAGCUCCUGUUGUUAAGUGUAUGAGAAUCCAAAAUAAAAUGGGAGGGGAAGAGAAUCUGUCUAAUUCAUUUGAUGCCUCGGUGCCCUCCUGGAUUUGUCCAAGCAAGUACCCGUGUACAAUUUUGAUGUGUUUCUGUUGUGAUUUGUAAAGAAGCCAUAAGCAAUGUUUAUCAUUCAGCACUUGUCAUGAUGACUUAUGGCCAUUUCAAUAUUCUGCUUCUUUGGUAGAUGAAAACUGUGUACUGUGUGUGACACGUGCUCUUCGGGCUCCUCAUCAUAGUCUUGUGUUGCUCAUUUUGGUGAUCAACAGAAACAUUUUUCCCACUGAUAAGUCAGAAAAACAUUGAGGUGACAGGUCCCUUGUAUGACUACCCAACUGAGGCUUAAUCUUCUCUGUCAAGGUGUGCAAAGACUGGUCUGGGUCUUUGAGUCAACAUGGAUGCUGCAGAAUCCUUCAAUUACAUGGCUGAAAAUGGGCAGAAAAUCAUUGCCCAAGGAGCCUGAGUUUUCAUGGGAGGAGCUAAGAAGCAAAUGUUCUUCAGGUGAUAAUUGGUACUGUGGCUUUGUGGGUUGUUGUUUUUUCCCCUUCGAUUUUCAAAUGACACAUCAUCGUGGCACUAAGCCCCGGAAAUUGGCAAAUAGGAAUUAGAAACUCAACUGUGCAAAUGCAUUUUCUUAGCAUGUGAAGCAUAUUUUUUCAUGAGUACAUUAAGUUUAGAUGGAUUUAUCUUUUCUACACUUCAAUAAUAGCAAACAUCCAAUAAGAGUAUCCAUCCAAGCAAGGGACCAAUUUAAAACUAUAACCCUCAAGGCUGAUAAAAGGGCAAGGAACGCUGUGGCCUCCAUCACUUACUUAGGGAGCAGUUUUCUUACCGUAGAGCAAUUCUACUUAGCCUUUGCUACUAAAAGCACCCCAUGGGCACCCCCAUUUUCCUUUAAGUGACUUUCCAUUACCCUGCGCUGUAUGCAUUGCUGUGUCGUUUGCCAAAAUCAACAUGUAAUGAAUAUAUGGCAUUGUUUAUGGAGGUUCAACACGGGCACAGUGCUUUAAAGUGAGAUCAACAUUUUUAGAAACAGAAAUUACAGACUGCUGGGGAUCUGAAAUGAAUAGGAGUAAUGCCAAAUGAAUAGUAUGUGGUUUUUUCUGAGGGGGAGGGAGGGGAACAGGAAACAGUGGAAAGAAAACUGUUUAAAUAUUCCUUUCUAAGUUUGCUCCUCAGGCUCGUUCAGAGUUCUGAAGUUGCCAUCAACAAAGAUAUUUCAAGAACAAAUGUUCAACUGAUUUGUGUGUGAAUAACGGCAUCAAGAAUGCAUGGGGACACCAGCUAUCUGGACCAGAUUCUAAUGGAUGCGAAAAGUUUGGGCCAAAAAUGAUUUUGCUCCUCUUCCUUGAAGGAGAGGGCGACAGGUUCUAGUGGCUAGCGAGCUGGCCUCGAAGCCAGGAAGACCUGAGUUCAAGUCCUCCUUCUGACCCAUCCUGACUGUGUGACUCUGAGCAAGUCACCUAAUCCCUCUGGGUUCUAGGCAACUCUCUAAGACUUUAAGUUGUGGAGAAGAUGCCAACCUGCAUUGGAAGGACUUUCCACACAUUCCAGAUACCAGUGAAAUCAAAGGUCCAGUCCCCAGUCCUUGCAUCAUCUCCCAUUCAGAGGAGAAUACUAUCUGGCUGAGCUUCUAACUUGCUACUGGUCUCAAGGGAGGCAGUUAGCCAAAGGAGGAGAUUCUAUUGAGUGGCUAGCUAAGUGGCUCACAGCUGAUAAAGCAACACAUUCAUCCAAAAGGAAAAAAAAAUACAAUUGUCCUGACCUGCCCAGUUAUUUGACUUCCCAACUAAAGCAUAGUUCUUGAUUUCCUUAGCUGUACCCCUAUAGCCAGGUCCUAUAAAGUCGAUGAGAAAGUGAAAACCAGAAUGGUGGGCGAGUUUUUGAUGAGAAAAGAAAAUCAGAUUUCCCUUGAAAACCUCUCCCUCUGAUGCCAAAUUUUCAGGGGAGAUCAUGGCAUAUUACUUUUUUGGUGGAUCAGAUCUGGUGGUUGAAUUUCAGGUGCUUGAGCUGAUAUUUUUUUCUGAAACAGCUUUAUUCCAUCAGGUUGGAGGACAACAGUGCAGGGAUGUUAGCUUCCUAUCUACAGAUUGUACUCCUGCUUUAGGAGGGAGUUUUGAACCUUCGGAUGUCAUAGACCUCAUAGGCACCCUGCUGAAGCCUAUGGACCCCUUCUCAGAAUGAUUUUUUAAAAAUCAUAAUGAGGGGGCGGCUAGGUGGAGCAGUGGAUAAAGCACUGGCCCUGGAUUCAGGAGGACCUGAGUUCAAAUCCAGCCUCAGACACUUGACACUUACUAGCUGUGUGACCCUAGGCAAGUCACUUAACCCCCAUUGCCCCACGCAAAAAAAAAAAAAUCAUAAUGACAGGAAAUGUUUAAUUUCCAUUAGAGGCUAAUGACAAUAAAGAUGCAUUUUUCCCACCCAAAUCCAUGGAUCCCCUAAAAUUAACCCACACAUCCCUUGGGAAUCCAUGGUCCCCAGGUUAAGAACCCCAGAUGCCCAAGGGAGUAGAAGUGCCCAAGCCCCCGUGGUUCUCUGGGAGGUGAGGGGGGAAUCCAAAGGAAGGUGAGGGAAGGGAAAAGCCACUGCUUGUCUGUGUUGUGCUUCUGAUUCAAUUAUGAAUUAUGAACUCUGAAGAUUCUGAAUGAUCGCUAUUGUUCCCCCUUCUCCCCGUCUUUUUUCUUUAGUCUAAAUAGAAAUAUCUUUGCUUUGAAACAAAUAAUUUACCAUUCCAAUAAACCUCUUUAAGAUGCUUUCACAUUU